AAACUGACCGCCCUCCGCGCUAAACUUGAACUCGCUACUUUCCCGGAUGAACUGGAGGACGCGGGGUGGAAGUAUGGUUCACCUCUGGCGGAUAUGAAGCGGCUCACAAAGAGGUGGAGAACCGAGUAUGACUGGCGCAAGCAUGAAAAGGAAAUCAACGAGGAGCUGCCAAUGUUUACCCGCGAUAUUGACGUGGAUGGUUUCGGCGCGCUGAACAUUCACUAUGUUCACAAGAAGAGCAAAUCUGUUGACGCCAUUCCGCUGUUGUUUUGCCAUGGAUGGCCUGGAAGCUUCUUGGAAGUCGGGAAGAUUUUGCCCCUCCUGACUGCAUCGGCCCCUGAACAUCCUAGCUUUCAUGUUGUGGCGCUCAGUUUACCAGGUUUUGGCUUUUCGGAGGCUCCCCGUAAACAAGGCUUUGGUAUGAAUCAAUAUGUCGAGGUAGCUCACAAACUCAUGAUCGCUCUCGGGUAUAACGAGUAUGGUACUGGAGGUGACUGGGGUGGCCUCGUGAUGCUGAACCACCGAGCUGGAAAUCGCCCUUUAUCUUUCUUGUCUUUCUUGCUAACCCCGUGGACUAUAGAGGAAAAGGCAGGCAUCGAGCGCACCAAAUGGUUCCGCACCAACGGAUAUGGCUACUUCACACAACAGAGUACCCAACCACAGACACUCGCCCUGUUGGCACUGCUUGGUUGGAUCUAUGAGAAGCUGGUCCUUUGGACCGACAAUUACAACUGGUCUGAUGAUGAAGUGCUGAUGUGGAUAUCAUUGUACUGGUUCUCUCGCGCCGGUCCCGCUGCCUCCCUCCGCAUUUACUUUGAAUUGCGUGGCGAUUGUGAGGAUUUAGGUCGAAGCCCCACUAUUCCUAUGGGAGCAUCGUUUUUCCCGAAGGAGCUCAUAGUUUUACCCGCAGCGUGGCUGCGCAUGUCGAACAACGUUGUUUUCGAGUUCCAUCAUAAGACAGGAGGCCAUUUUGCUGCCACUGAACGGCCGGAAGAGCUUGUUCGGGAUGUGCAGAAGAUGUUCGCGAAAGGGAGCCCUGCGUUCGCAAUUGUCCCUGGAAGAACUGGAUAUGCUUGA